AUGCACGCUCAAGUAUAUUAUCAAAUCCUUCUCUCUCUCGCCUUACUUCCCUCAGCCUUCGCCUCACCUUUACGAGCGACCAACACCGAUUCACCAGCAAGUAAAGGUACUAUCAUCCCUAUCACCCAUCGAUCUCCUUUACUCUCCCAUCCAAUCUUAUCAGCCCGUACAGACGACUACAUACCGAUUUUCGACACUCAGGCUGCUGAGCUAGUUCAAAAAGAGCUCAAAGCAGUCAAGAACAAAUAUUCCAAAGCUGCACAGUACCUAUCCGGUGUCCAAGUGGCAGAAGCGGACGUUUCGUUCCAACAACCCAACGCAGCCUUACCUGUCCAAGCUGCUCAAUCUGCUAAAUCCAUCACUACCACUCGGGCAAGUACAGCAACCUCAAGUAUUCAGUCGACUAUCCCUUCGAUCAGCUCACCCACAACAACGGUCACAUCGACAGCUAAGACCUGGUCAACGAGUGUCACUGUGAAUGCGGCUAACACAGUUUCUACAAGUGUCAUCACUUCCACAAAGGUCCCUCCACCUAGUGGAACAGGUAUCGUCGCUCCUCUAGCAUCCAUCUCAAUAGAUAACGAUGGUGUGUUCAACAUGCUGGGUAAUCACGCUCCGCUGUUGGCUCCAAUCAUCGGAUCACAUACUCGAUCGGCAGUUUCGAAAUCUGACCCUUCUGCAUCAGCUACCAAUACAGUAUCCACUUCGACAUUCUUCCCCAGACAGAAAACGUCAACAUCGACGACAUCAAAUAUUGUUGUCAGUUCAACAACGAAGAAUACCCUGCCUAGCUUGCCUACCAGCUUGGUCUCUGCGGACUUACCGUUAGAUCACAGAUUAGGUGAUUUACAUGUCAGGGGUAAAUCGAGUUCACCUAUUGUUCCAUUGACAGAUUAUAUUCAAGGUUCGUUGGACGUAUUGUACUAUGGAAAUAUCAAUAUUGGAACGCCCUCGCAGACAUUAAGUGUAGAUUUCGAUACUGGUUCAGCGGACUUAUGGUUCCCAGUAAAAUGUUCAAAUUGUCAAUCAGCACAAUUCGAUUCCUCCCGUUCAUCCUCCUACCAGUCCACCACCCAGUCAUUCGGAGUGCAAUACGGUUCGGGAUCCGUUUCCGGUCAAUUGGCAAGGGAAAACGUCAUGGUGGCCAAUACGAUGGUUCAAGGACAAUAUUUCGGUGCGGUGAACAGUGAAUCAUCCGAUUUUCAAGGUAAUCCAAAUUCAGGUGUAAUGGGAAUGGCUUUCAGUUCGAUAUCAUCUUCGGGUAAACCGACAUAUUUUGAAAAUCUAAUCAAUAACAAAGCUGUCAGUUCACCAUUAUUUGGUUUCCACCUGACAAGAAGACAAGCACAGGGUAGUCAAUUGUGUAUCGGAUGUUAUGAUUCGAGUAGAUUUACCGGUGGGAUCAGUUGGAUACCCGUUAUUUCACAGACUUAUUGGUCAGUGUCGAUGACUUCAUUCAGUACCAAUGGAGGAAGAUCUAAUGCUUUAUCGCAAUCUCUUAUCGGGGCAAUUGACACUGGUACCACCUUGAUCUACGUUCCAACCUCGAUCGCCGAUGCCUUCUAUUCCCAGAUUCCCGGCUCAUCUAGAGCAGACCAAUAUGGCGAAGGGUUCUAUCAAUAUCCCUGUAAAGCAUCUAUCACCAUCUCGUUAGGGUUCAAUAACAAGAACUUCAAUAUGAACACGGUCGAUUUCAAUCUCGGUAAAACUUCGUCAGGAUCAAACCUCUGUGUGGGGGCGGUAUUGGCUGUUGCAGAUGGAUUCCCAGACAAUCUCGCUAUUGUGGGUGAUGCGUUUUUGAAGAAUUGGUAUAGUGUUUAUGAUUAUUCGAAUGGUGUCAGAGUGGGUUUGGCAAGUUCGACUAAUAACAAGUAA